AUGGACUCGCCAUCAGCCACUACGCGAGAGCAACCCCGAUUGGAUGAUGCUAACGGUGCGGAUGAAGAUGUGCAUCAGUUUUGUCCGCAGAAUAUGCGCUUGGUAUCGGUACUUCUCUGUGAUUCAUCUACUAAACGGGUAGUGUUGCAUACAAGGCUGAUUAGCACUCCGGAUAAAGACGCUAUUGUAAUACUUGAAAAGUCCCCAUUCCCUGGAGUCGCGAGUGAACUUAUUAAGACUAAUGUUGUACGGGAAUCGAUGGAAGCCGAACCAACUGACGCAGACUAUCCCGAACACAAACCAACCAAACGAAAAAUAACCCAAAGCGAGUGGUGUGCUGAUUCGAUUGUAUCGAAUGAUGUUUACCGUCGUCUGUAUGUAACUGGUGGAUUGGACCUAGUUAAUGGUGUAGAUAUGACUGUUAUAUUUCCGGCGGAAGAACAUCACUUCAAAAGAUACCGACAAUCUGGCUGUCGUAUAUUUCAAGAAUCUCGUGAAGUAUACAGUUCUUUAAUAGUUCCAUUUUUGAUGCAAAACCCACCUGAUCUUAGUUGGGUGGACAAUAUUUUAUCGGGAAAGGCGGAAAAAGAUCGCGUAUUGUCUUCGGAUGAAGACCCCGAAGAGGGCUUCACGCUUGUCCAGGAUUAUCGUUGGAAUGGACGCCAGCUGAACGAUAUGCACUACUUGGGAAUCGUACGACGGACCGACUUACGGUGCUUACGUGAUUUGCGAGCAUCCCACGUACCACUAUUGAAGCGACUACUUGAUGAAGGCCGUAAACAACUGGCUGCGAAGUAUACGAUUCCGGAAGUGGAUGGUCACGCACAACGACUUGACGAAGACCAGAUCUUGGCUUACAUACACUAUCCUCCCACAUUUUACCAUUUGCAUAUGCACUUUGUUCAUGUCAAUAUUGGUGAGAAUGCCAGUAUGCGAGCAGGCCGAGCUCAUCUUGUGGAAGAGGUGAUCCGCAAUCUCGAGCUUGACUCGGAAUAUUAUCUGAACCGUGUAAUGACCAUUUUUAUGUAUGAAAAUAGUCCCAUGUUCGAGGCGGUGAGUUGCACAAAAAACGAAAAGCCUCAAACCCAGCCCACAACAAAAAGUUGA